AUGUUAUUUAUAUAGAUCAUUUAUGUACAAAGAGAAUUAAACACGUAAGAAAAGUAUCUUUUCGAAAGAGAUCAAAAAAUCAAGAAAAUGGAAGUCUUGAUUUCAAACUGGUCAAAUGUUGAAUCUGUGCCUAAAACAUACAUUUUCCCACUAGAUAGUAGACCAGGGAAACUUGAAUUUCCUGUUUGUAAUAAUAUACCGGUGAUAGACUUGGACCAAAAUCAUCCAGCUGAGAUAAUUCAGCAAGUUAUUAGUGCAUGCCAAAAAUUUGGGUUCUUUCAGGUGAUAAACCAUGGAGUAUCUGAAAAUCUAAUGGAUGAGACCAUGAAUAUGUACAAGGAGUUCUUCAAAUUACCUAGUGAAUACAAGGCAAAAUUUUACUCAAAUGACAUCAACAAAAGCUGCAGGAUCUAUUCUAGCACAUUAUCGUAUGACAAUGAAGAGUUUCAUUACUGGAGAGAUAAUUUUACUCAUCGUUGCCAUCCUUUAGAGGAAUACAUUCAGUCUUGGCCUGAUAAGCCAACCAAAUAUAGGGAAGUCAUAGGUGAAUAUACAAUCGAAACGAGGAAGCUACUAUACAGGAUUCUGGAAAUGAUAUGCAAAGGAUUAGGACUAGAAUCAGGGUAUUUUGAAGGUGAAAUCAGUAAAACUCACUUGAUAUCAGUGAAUCAUCAUAUUCCAUGUCCUGAUCCAAGUUUGACACUGGGAAUGCCUGUACAUUCUGAUCCAAAUCUCAUAACAUUACUUCACCAAUGUGAUGUUCCUGGACUUCAGAUCCUUAAGGAUGGCGAAUGGAUUGGCGUUAACCCUGUUCCUGAUUCUCUAAUUGUUAUUCCUGGUCUACAAUUAAAGGUAAUAAGCAACGACACGUUCAUAACUCCAGUUCAUCGUGUAGUGACACAUGCGAAAGAGGCUCGAACAACGAUUGGGGUUUUUCUUGGUCCGUCGCCUGAGUCUUUAAUAAAACCAGCUACUACUUUGGUUAGUUGCAGCAAUAUGGAACCAGUUUUCAGAGCUUUUACCUAUCCAGAGUUCUUUAAAGCAUUUUCUGCUGGUGCAAAAUGUGAUGCUCAAGUUGCACUCAAUCAUUUCAGGAUCAAACCAUAGGUUUUAAUUAGUCCUACAUGAUGAUUUGUCAACUAAAAUUGUUGUAAAAUAUGGUGUGUACUGUAUUGGCUCAUGUAAAACCUUGUGAUAUAAAUAAUAAAACACGUUAUAUAUAAGUUA